CCGCCCCUUGUGCCAUCCUAAACGGUGGAACUGCCCCUUCCGCAAUAAUGUAUAUUCGUUAGCUGUAUUUCCUUUUAACGCAAGGGAACGGUGUCGAAUCUGCUUUUUCUUUGCGAAGUUGUGCUAAAGGAUAGACAGGUCAGGACAGGACACAUACUACUUUUUUUACAACGAGUUAAGACCCAUUAAUGAAGAGGGAGAUAAGCCUUGGGCAAAAGUCGUUUUGCCUCUGUGCAUGGCUCAUCGUUGCUAGUUUGAUAGCGCUCUGCCCUCAGCUACUGGAGGGUUACGAGGCGCCUAUUAACCCGCCACUAGUAUCAGGCUUAUGUCGCUACGGAGAGGAGCCUGGAACUUGGCUGGACCUUCCUAGCAAUGCGGAUUUGCGACAGUAUCCCUUGCAGCGUGUCAGUUUUAUCCCUGAUGGCAAGCUCCCACAGAACAAAGUCGGUGGCCGCUGGUCACUUUACAACAAGGACUGUAAGCUAUCAAAUAGGCUACGUGCCGAUAUAUUCGACCAGUCGCCCACACCUAUUAAGCCUCGUACCCACGUCUUCUUCAUUGGAGACAGCAAUGACGUGCAUACACUUGAGUACAUCUGUAAUCAGUAUGCCCGGGAGCAGCACAUCAAUAUUACCAGAGACGUUCAGUGCCCGCCAAUGCCAUGUCUUCGCACCGGUAGCGUUCCCUUGGCUGGAGUAGAGCCGAACUACUGCCUAACAGAGAGGUUCCACGCAUACCAACGGUUUGUCCCCACGGCAAAUAAAGAUCGAGUUGACCUCAACGAAAUUGUGGAUUCCCUGAAAUUUUACCUCGACCGAUAUUCAAAGGUUCAGGAGCCGCAGCUGGUUGUGAUUGGCCUGGAGUUUUGGGAGGUUGCUCGUCUGGCUUGGGAUGCCAACAGGACGUACGACCAGGUUAAUACGGAGCAUCACUACCUUCCGUUGCGGUGGUUGGCGAGCUUCGUGCAAAACUACACAAGCUUGGUGUCGCUGGUACGGCAAAAGCUACCCUCGGCAUUAAUUGUUGCGCGGACAAACGCGUUUCCUAGGUACGACUGCCUCUUUGGCUUGCCGCCUGAAGAGAAGCGCUGGGCGAAGAAGAUGUUCAUUGCACAGAUGCAUGGGGCUAUCCGCUACACGGCAAGACAGCUCAACCUUCCCCUCAUCGACAUUGCUGCCAUGAGUGAAGGCCUGGUCCCAGAGCAGUACCUCAAUGACGAUAUUCACACAGUCCAGUGGUUAAAUGUGGAGUCGUUUAACAUAGCCCUCAACUACUUGCACCAGUAUACGGCAGUGAUGGGGAGAGGCGGCAAGCAGCAGGAGCUAAGAUGAGAGGAAUCACAGCUGCAUCUACAGCUGGAACGUCAGCGGACGCUGCUGCUCAUCCUUGGCAUACAUUUGACGUUUAAAAUCGUUGAGCGGUUGUUGAAUAUUAGGUACAUAGCGGCGUUUUAGAGCAGGGCGGACUUAAAGGCAAACAGACAAUGGGCGUCUUAUGUUGGGCAGAAGGAAGCAACACGGCGUACGUGUAGCCACACCUGCUGCCCGCAUGGGGCAAGAGAACCUCUUUGGUUUAGGUGGACUCGUUUGCCA